UUUCUCAGUUCUUCGGUUCGUCGCAAACACGAAGAAAACGAAAGAAAUGUGUUACACAUAUGGAUUCUUGUUUGGCCUGCCCCUGGUUGCCCUCGUCUGGCUGUCGACGUCGCCAACAUCAGCGGCAGCAAUGGCCGUUGUAGAUGUAACAGCUGCAACAGCAAUGCCAGCAACAUCAGCAAAUAAGCAUCAGCAGCUGAUGCAUCACAGCCACAGCCACCACAAUCAUCAUCACAAUCAUAAUAUUCAGAAUAUGCAGCCCGGUGAGCAGAAGGUGCUGCCCAGCAAAGCGAAUAAACUCGUCUCUGAGGAUAUUAUGCACAAUUACCUCAUGCAGUUUGAUUAUCUGCCCAAGUCAGACCUGGAAACUGGCGCUCUGCGCUCCGAGGAGCAGCUGAUAGAUGCAAUACGUAAUCUCCAGGCUUUUGGCAACAUUCCAGUUACGGGCAAAAUCGACCCGGCUACGACCAAGCUGAUACAACAGCCCCGCUGCGGUGUGGGUGACAAUAAGCAUGCGUAUAAUUUCUCACCGGAUAAUCUGGAUCAUGGCAAUGGACGUAGCUUUAGCUCACGUGUGCGUCGCUAUGUUCUACAGGGAGCCAAAUGGGAUAAAACAGAUUUAACAUGGAGUUUGGUGAAUCAGUCAAUGCCCGAUGCUGACAAAAUUCGCAUGAAUUUGGCCCGAGCAUUGAAAGUGUGGGAGAACAAUUCGAAGUUGACAUUUCGUGAAGUGUACAGCGAUCAGGCGGAUAUCCAGGUUCUUUUUGCACGACGCGAUCACGGCGAUGGCUAUAAAUUUGAUGGACCUGGCCAGGUGCUGGCACACGCCUUCUAUCCCGGCGUUGGGCGUGGCGGCGAUGCGCAUUUCGAUGCAGAGGAGAUCUGGGAAUUCGAUGCCAGCAGCGAUGAUAGUCGAGGCACCAACUUUCUGAACGUGGCCCUCCACGAACUGGGUCAUUCCCUGGGCUUGGGCCACUCCUCGGACCAGAAUGCGGUCAUGUUUCCCUGGUAUCAGAACAACGAGGUGGAUGGCAAGUUGCCUGAUGAUGAUCGUAAUGGCAUACAGGAACUUUAUGGGGCCAAGGAAAAGGUUUGGGGUCCUUAUCGGCCACAAACGACGCCAACAACAACGACGACAACAGCGCGCACUCUCACAUACUAUCCCAAUUACUAUCCCAACAAUUAUCCGAAUCGUGAUCGCACGCGAGAACGGGAGUGGGAACGUGACCGUGAACGGGAACGGGAACGCGAACGUGAGCGGGAGCGGGAGAGAAACCGGGAAAUCGAAUGGAAUCGAGCACGGGAACGAGAGCGCGAACAACGAGAGAGGGAACGAAUUCAACGCGAAAGAGAGCGGGAACGAGACCGCGAACGCAUGACAACAACAACAACAACUGUACGACCAACAACAACAACAACAAAAGCAACAACGAGAGCAACAAUGCCAACGAGAAGAGCGUGGUCAGGACAGCCGUAUAGACCUUACAACUAUCCGAACGCCCAGCAACCGAACAAGCCACACAAACCCCAUAAACCACGCAAACCGAAGCCGGACAGUUGUAUGACCAGCUACGAUGCGAUUUCCAUGAUUCGCAGUGAAUUAUUCAUCUUCAGAGGACAAUUCCUCUGGCGUAUUGGUGCCAACGGCUUGUACAAUGGAUACCCAACGGAAACGCGUCGUCACUGGGCCGCACUUCCUGAGGACUUUAACAAAGUUGACGCUGUCUUUGAGAAUCAGCAGCGACAGAUUGUCUUCUUUAUCGGCAAACAGUAUUACGUCUUUGAUUCGGUCACCUUGGUGCCAGGUUAUCCGCAACCGUUGACCACAUUGGGCUUGCCUCCGACACUCAACCAAAUCGAUGCGGCAUUCGUCUGGGGUCACAACAAUCGCACAUAUCUGACGAGUGGCACCUUAUACUGGCGCAUAGAUGAAAACACUGGCAAGGUGGAACUCGACUAUCCCAGAGAUAUGUCCAUCUGGGCGGGCGUCGGCUAUAAUAUCGAUGCCGCCUUCCAGUAUAAGAACGGCAAGACAUAUUUCUUCAAGAACUUGGGCUACUGGGAGUUCAAUGACGACCGCAUGAAAGUGGCGCAUGCCCGACCCAAAUUGUCGUCUCGGAUGUGGAUGCAGUGCGCCCGCAGUAUCAACGAUGUGGACGAGGAGCAGCGUUGGACAUCGCCGUUAGUGUCGGGCACAAAUGAAACCUCAGAAAACAACUCUGCAAACAGCCCAAGACGAAAGCACAGUCUAAUUGUCUCUGUGCUGAUACUGCUGCUCACAUGGCGAGCCUGGCUUAGUUAAGAUCUAGCUUUAAGCUUAGCUGUAGCCAAGCUUCAACUGAAUGCUUAUAAUUUCCUUCCUCCUCUCAUUCAAAUGCGAACUGGCUAGAAAAUGUCUACGCUGAAUUCUAUUGGAAUUUAGAACGAACUCGAUAUCGAGCCACGACUGUCAGACAGCAGAACCCACAAAGCGGCCUUACAAACCCUUCAAGAACCAAAACUUUGAAUUUUCUUUCGAGAAUUGUGUGCUUUCAAAUAUAACUUGCCAAUCGUGCAUGCAGACACCAUCUAUUUGACCGAAUAGCAGGAUUGAUUAACUGCAUCUACCUUUUUUAUAAUAAACUUUAUAAAAUGCAUAUAAACAAGAUACAUAAAAUAUAAACCUAUUAGUUAUUUAGGCAUAUAUAAGUACAUAAAAGAAAACAAUUGAGAACUUCUCAGCCGCAACUGCCUUAUAAUUAAGUACAGUAUUGCUUCAUAAGGACGAACAGAUUGGCCCGAGUUAAAGCAACUAUGAGCUGCCCGCAUUUUGUAUUUGAUUUGAACAUAAACAUUUCUAAUUGUUUAUAUUUAAAUAAUGUGAUAUUAUCAUAAAUUUGUUUGUGUGCGAUUGUAAUAAUAAAAAUUCAAGAACUCAAGAAAAUCCACAAUCCACAAUUUGAAAUAUAACAAUUAUUAUAAAUAUUUUGCGUUAGUAUUAGCUAUAUAAAUACUUUUGUUUUUAAGUAUAAAUAUACAAAUACUUAAAAAAAAAGAACACAUUUAAGUUGGCAAUAUCUUUUUAUAAAUUUUUAUAAAAUAAAAUAAAA